AUUUUUUAAAUAUGAGUCAACCACCAUAGGCAUCAUAAUCAUAAUAGUAAAAGUCCAAUACCUUCAAUAAAUCAGAAAAAACAAAAGAUAUCAGAUUAACAAAUAUCUAGGCUGCUAAAGGUAAAAAUGAAAUAGAUAUACCAAGCUGUAUCUGAUGCAAUUAGAACCAGUUUAGGACCAAGAGGAAUGGAUAAAAUGAUUUAAGAUGCCAAAGGUGAAGUACUCAUUACAAAUGAUGGAGCCACUAUACUCAAAUAGAUGGAUUUGGUUCAUCCCACUGCAAAAAUGGUAAUUUAUAGAAUAUUACAAAAAGUUAGUUGAAAUUUCUCAUGCAUAAGAUGUUGAGGCUGGAGAUGGCACUACAUCAGUUGUAGUAUUUGCAGGAGCAUUAUUGAAAUCAUGUGAAGUCCUUUUAGAGAAGGGAAUACAUCCAACCACUAUUUCAGAGGGAUUCCAAUAUGCAUUAGAAAAUGCAUUAGAAGCUUUAGAUGAAUUGAAAAAACCAGUUGAUCUAGACAAUAAAUAAUAAUUGAUUGAAUGUGUGUAAACAGCACUUUCAUCAAAAGUGGUUUCAUCUAAUAGUGCAUAAUUGGCUCCACUUGCUGUAGAUGCAGUUUUGAGAAUUGUUGACCCUCUUAAACCUGAUAAUGUUGAUCUUAAAGAUAUUAAAAUUGUUAAAAAAUUAGGAGGCACAAUUGAUGAUACUGAAUUAGUUGAAGGAAUUGUAUUCUCUAAUUAAAAAGCAAGUUAAACAGCUGGAGGACCAUAAAAAAUAGAAAAUGCUAAAGUUGCACUUCUUUAAUUUUGUUUAUCAGCACCAAAAACAGAUGUUGAGAAUUCUAUUGCAAUUAAAGAUUAUACAGAAAUGGAUAAAAUAUUGAAAGAAGAAAGAAAAUAUAUUAUAGAUCUUGUAAAAAAGAUAGUAGCAUCAGGUGCAAAUGUAUUAUUAAUACAAAAAAGUAUAUUAAGAGAUGCAGUAAAUGAUCUUUCAUUACACUUUUUAGCAAAGAAAGGUAUAAUGGUAGUAAAAGAUAUUGAAAGAGAGGAUGUUGAAUUUAUAUCAAAGGUAUAUUUAUAUAUUUAUAAUUAUUAUCAUAGACUUUAUGUUUAGUACCAGUUGCACAUAUAGAUUAAUUGACUCCAGAAAAAUUAGGAAAUGCUGGACUUGUUGAAACAGUUUUCUUGAAUGAUGAAAGUAAAGUAUUAAGAAUUACUGGAAUGCCUGUUUAAUCUAAAGCUUUAACAAUCUUAGUUAGAGGAUCAAAUUAAUUAGUUUUAGAUGAAGCUGAUAGAAGCAUUCAUGAUGCAUUAUGUGUUGUUAGAAGUCUUGUUAAAAGNCAUUUAAUAAAUCAGAAAAAACUAAAGAUAUCAGAUUAACAAAUAUCUAAGCUGCUAAAGGUAAACAAUCCAACAUAUAUAUUAAGCUGUAUCUGAUGCAAUAAGAACAAGUCUAGGACCUAGAGGAAUGGAUAAAAUGAUUUAAGAUGCCAAAGGUGAAGUACUCAUUACAAAUGAUGGAGCCACUAUUCUCAAAUAAAUGGAUUUGGUUCAUCCUACUGCAAAAAUGGUAAUCUAUUCAAUAUUAAAAAAAGCUAGUUGAAAUUUCUCAUGCUUAAGAUGUUGAAGCUGGUGAUGGAACUACUUCAGUUGUAGUAUUUGCAGGAGCAUUAUUGAAAUCAUGUGAAGUCCUUUUAGAGAAAGGAAUACAUCCAACCACUAUUUCAGAGGGAUUUCAAUAUGCUUUAGAAAAUGCACUAGAAGCUUUAGAUGAAUUAAAAAAACCUGUAGAUCUAGACAAUAAAUAAUAAUUGAUUGAAUGUGUGUAAACAGCACUUUCAUCAAAAGUGGUUUCAUCUAAUAGUGCAUAAUUGGCUCCACUUGCUGUAGAUGCAGUUUUGAGAAUUGUUGACCCUCUUAAACCUGAUAAUGUUGAUCUUAAAGAUAUUAAAAUUGUUAAAAAAUUAGGAGGCACAAUUGAUGAUACUGAAUUAGUUGAAGGAAUUGUAUUCUCUAAUUAAAAAGCAAGUUAAACAGCUGGAGGACCAUAAAAAAUAGAAAAUGCUAAAGUUGCACUUCUUUAAUUUUGUUUAUCAGCACCAAAAACAGAUGUUGAGAAUUCUAUUGCAAUUAAAGAUUAUACAGAAAUGGAUAAAAUAUUGAAAGAAGAAAGAAAAUAUAUUAUAGAUCUUGUAAAAAAGAUAGUAGCAUCAGGUGCAAAUGUAUUAUUAAUACAAAAAAGUAUAUUAAGAGAUGCAGUAAAUGAUCUUUCAUUACACUUUUUAGCAAAGAAAGGUAUAAUGGUAGUAAAAGAUAUUGAAAGAGAGGAUGUUGAAUUUAUAUCAAAGGUAUAUUUAUAUAUUUAUAAUUAUUAUCAUAGACUUUAUGUUUAGUACCAGUUGCACAUAUAGAUUAAUUGACUCCAGAAAAAUUAGGAAAUGCUGGACUUGUUGAAACAGUUUUCUUGAAUGAUGAAAGUAAAGUAUUAAGAAUUACUGGAAUGCCUGUUUAAUCUAAAGCUUUAACAAUCUUAGUUAGAGGAUCAAAUUAAUUAGUUUUAGAUGAAGCUGAUAGAAGCAUUCAUGAUGCAUUAUGUGUUGUUAGAAGUCUUGUUAAAAGAAAAGGAUUAAUUCCUGGAGGAGGAGCACCAGAAAUUCAUUUAUCAUUAAAAUUAACUUAAAAGGCUAAUACUUUAACAGGUGCAAGAUCUAUGUGUGUAAGAGCAUUUGCUGAAGCACUUGAAGUGAUCCCUUAUACUCUUGCAGAAAAUGCAGGUAAAUAUAAUUUAUAUUCCAUAAUUUAUAGGAUUGAAUCCAAUUAAUGUAGUCACUGAGUUGAGAAAUAGACAUCUUAAAUCAUAAAAAUUUGCAGGAAUAGGAAUGAAGAAAGUAAUUAUUAUCUAAUACUAAUUUAGAAUAAUAUUGUAGAUGAUAUUACAACUGAAUAAGUAGUCUAACCAAUUUUAGUAACAAGGAGUGCUUUGAGUUUGGCUACAGAAUGUGUUAGAAUGAUCUUGAAGAUUGAUGAUCUAGUCAUUUCAGCACGUUGAUGUAUAACAUUUUAUAUAUGAAAAAUAAAAAUAGUCUAUAG